ACUGAAUUGGGUAUAUUUAUGCUUGUCUCAAUCCUCAAUGUAGUUUCGUGUAGGAUGUGAAUGAACGUUGUUUAUAUGUGAAAGAACCUACGUGGUUUUUACUAUUCUAAUUGCAUUCUACUAUUUUCCAUUUUACAAUGAACCAAUAUAGUACGAUAUCGUUAUAGAAAUCCCAACAUACAUGUCUAUUGGAAGAUGGAAAUCAUCAGUUUGAAAAUAUAUACGACAGUGAUCGUAAGCUUUUAUUGUUUGGGCGUUGUCGGACAAUAUGAAUGGCAAGCCAGAGAUGCAUUUAACGAAAUUCGUUUAAAAAUGGACAAGAUCAACGAAGAAAAUUGCCCUAUUCAACAUCUUGGAGACCUCUAUCUACCGGAAGACACAGUCUCUCAUUUACCUGACAUCAAAGAUAUCAAUAUUAAUCCUGUGUUUCCAAAUAGAACUGCUUUAUUACAUCUUCAUAACAUGGCUCUUAGUAGAUCAUUUUUUUGGAGUUAUAUUUUACAAUCCAGAUUCAUACGACCUGCUAUCAAUGAUACAUAUGAUCCAGGCAUGAUGUAUUAUUUCUUAUCAACAGUCGCCGAUGUUUCUGCGAAUCCACAUAUAAAUGCUUCUGCAAUAUAUUUUUCACCAAAUAUGUCUUAUUCGCCAUCAUAUCGAGGCUUUUUUAACAAAACUAUGCCUAGAUUUGCUCCACGAACGUUUAGAGCUGACGAUUUUAACGAUCCUAUACAUUUAGAAAGAAUGUCCACAAGAAAUACAUUUAACGUACAAGAUCUUGGUGCAUUUGCCAGUGGUAGCCUUAGCGAAGAUUAUACAACAGAUUAUUACCGUAUAAAUGAAUGGUACAAGAAGUGGUUACCAGAUAAUGUUGACAAAAGGCAUGAUACUAAAACUACUUAUCAAGUUGAAAUUAGAUAUGCUAACAACACUAAUGAAACAUUUACAUUUCAUGGACCGCGUGGUGCGGAUGAAUAUCCUGGGCCAGUAAGAUGGACCAGACCAUAUUAUGAUUGUGGAAGAUCAAAUCGAUGGCUCGUAGCAGCAGUUGUACCUAUCGCAGAUAUUUAUCCAAGACAUACAGGAUUCAGACAUAUCGAAUAUCCAACCUAUACUGCCAUAUCGGUAAUCGAAAUGGAUUUCGAACGAAUAGAUAUAAAUCAGUGCCCAAAGGGAAAAGGAAAUAGUGGUCCAAAUAAAUUUGCAGAUACUGCUAGAUGUAAAACAGAAACUACCGAGUGUGAACCAUUACACGGCUGGGGUUUUCGAAGAGGAGGAUAUCAAUGUAGAUGUAAACCAGGUUUCAGAUUGCCAAAUGUAGUACGACGUCCGUAUUUAGGUGAAAUUAUAGAAAGAGCGACUCAAGAACAAUAUUAUAAUGGGUUCGAUUGCUCCCGAAUAGGAUGGAUUCAUAAGAUGCCUGUACAAUGGGAGAAGGCAAAACCAGAUGUUAGAGAAAAAUAUCUUGAGCAGUUUUAUCAUUACAGAAAUUAUUCCAUUGGACCAGAAGCAUUAAGAUCCGAACAAAUUAAUAUUGACCAAACUCUUAAAUUUAUUUUAAGUAUCAAUUCAAAAACUUGCAAGAGUUACACAGAAGAAGAUUUAACGUUACUCGGAGAUAUAGCCUUUGGAGCCAAAGAAUUUUUUGAAAAUGAAGCAAAAAUGGCAACUAGAUUAGCAAACUUUAUUAGUGCAUUCCUACAAACUUCUGAUCCUCAUGAAGUUUAUUCGGGUAAAAGAGUAGCAGAUAGGUCACUUACUGAAGAUCAAAUGAUUGGGGAGACAUUAGCUUUAGUUCUUGGAGACACUAAAAUAUAUUCUGCUGAAAUGUUAUGGGAUCGUAAUAAAUUCACAAAUAGAACCUUCUUUGCUCCAUAUGCUUAUAAAACUGAAUUAAAUACUCGAAAAUUUAAAGUUGAAGAUUUAGCCAGACUCAGUGAUCCAGGUAAUGUUUAUACAAAAAAGAAUUAUUUUAAAUUGCUGAAACAACGAUGGGCAACAAAUUUCGAUGAAUUGGAAAAGUAUCACAUGAAGAUAAAGAUUAGAUACAAUGAGACUGGCGAAUAUCUUAAAAAGUAUGAGCAUUAUCCCAAUUCUUACAGGGCAGCAAACCUGAAUCACGGACAUUGGACAACUCCGUACUUUGAUUGCAACGGCAAAGUGAAGAAAUGGGUAAUUACCUAUGCAUCCCCAUUUUUUGGCCUGGACAGCUUGAAAAAGAAACUGGAAUUCAAAGGUAUUGUGGCUGUUACCAUGGAUCUACUUCAACUUGAUAUUAAUCAAUGCGACGAUGUGUUUCACGCUCCAAAUGCGUUUAAGGGUACUCACAAGUGUGAUAAGAAAACUUCAUACUGCGUGCCAAUUCUUGGAAGAGGCUUUGAAACAGGGGGAUACAAAUGUGAAUGUAAGCAAGGUUUUGAAUAUCCAUUCGAAGACUUAAUCACAUACUAUGAUGGCCAAUUAGUAGAAGCUGAAUUUAAUAAUUUAGUUAACGAUGAAAAAACUAGAUACGAUAUGUUCAAAUGUCGAUUAGCUGCUGCCACGUCGAUCCAAGUCAAUUGGAUAUUAUUAUUGGCAUCAAUAAUAUUGUAUCAUUUUAUAGGAGGUAAUUACCUCGUAGUAAUCUCGUAAUAAUGCGACGCACUAUUAUAUUAAUCAUCAAGAUAUGAUUUUAAGAAUAUAAUCCGUCCACUAAUGUAGAAUGACAUCCGUCCAUUCGGAUAGUACAAUCGGGCAAGGGGUGACGAAUUUUCAAAUUCAAUUUUCUUGAAAACGAAAUUUCAAACGGAAAAGAUUUUCUUUUUCAACAUAUUUUUCCUUAUACAAUCUAUAUACCUCCUGCCUGUUUAUAUUACCCGACUUAAAACACUCUGUAUAAUAUCAAUUAUUGUACUGUUGUACUACCUUUUUGAGAGCACUUUUGCUUGUUUUAUUGUUAUAGUUAUUAUAAUUAAUUCGCAGAAUAUUCGUAAUGAAAUGAAACUCUGUGAAGUCUUCAACAAAUGGUUCUAUUAAAAAAAAAGUUAACAAAAAUACGUUUGGAAAUUGUUAUUUUUGUAAAUUGUUCAUUUUCAAAUUAUACUCUUGGUAUUACUGUAUACUACAGUUUAUGCUAUAUUGAAAUUAAUCAUCUAAACUAUAUUUUAUUGUAUGUACAUGUUAGUACUUUGGCAAAACAUAACUUAUGAUAUACAUAUAUUAUUGUUAUAAUAUAAUGUCAUUUUUAAUCAUUUUGUAUUUUUUAUACUAUAACAAUGUAUUGUAAAUAUAAUUAAAUCAGCUUAUUUUA